CUUACAAAUAUGGAGAGGAAGAGUCAUUGCAUAUUGUCGGAGUUUGUGUUGUAGUUAAUGUCAAAUAUUUAAACGGAAUUGGUUAACGUCCUAAUAACGUAUUCUGAAUUGCUAAACGGAAAAGUUCAUAGCGUGUGUUGAUGGUGACGGACUUUCGAUCGUGGUACAGUAAAAGUACAGUCAAUAAGAAAUCAUGUCGCUUCUGCUAAUAGCGGGUCAGCGACUUUUUUGUAAGAGUCGCAACAUUAAAACAAUAACCAUCGUCCGAAGUGCUGGUCUGGACAGUGCAAUUUCUACAUUCAAGUUAAUAUGCGGAGAGAAGGGGGUGUCACUGGGAACUGCCGUCAGAGAGCAACACGGCAGAGAUGAAUCUGUACACAGAUGCCGUCCACCGGAUGUGGUGGUUUUUCCGCGUUGUGUGAAGGAGGUCAGUGCCCUGGCGAAGGUGUGCCAUGACAAACAAAUUCCCAUGAUCCCCUUCGGUACUGGAACUGGCCUGGAGGGAGGAGUAGGAGCACUCAAGGGUGGUGUGUGCUUCAGCUUGAGGAAUAUGAACCAGAUUUUGGAUCUUCACCAGGAUGAUUUUGACGUGACGGUAGAGCCUGGUGUGACCCGAAAAACCCUCAAUGCCCACCUGCGAGACACUGGACUGUGGUUUCCUGUUGAUCCUGGAGCUGAUGCUUCACUGUGUGGAAUGGCAGCCUCUAGUGCAUCUGGUACCAAUGCUGUGCGAUAUGGAACCAUGAGAGAAAAUGUUAUAAAUCUGGAGGUUGUACUUGCUGAUGGAACUAUUAUUUACACAGCUGGCAAGGGCAGACGUUCCAGGAAGACCUCAGCAGGCUACAACUUGACAAACCUGUUUGUUGGAUCAGAGGGCACUCUGGGAAUUAUCACUAAGGCAACACUGCGCCUCUAUGGUGUUCCAGAAGCCACGGUGUCUGCGGUCUGCUCAUUUCCUUCUGUCCAGGCUGCUGUGGAUAGCACUGUGCAUAUUCUUCAAGCUGGGGUAGCCAUUGCUCGCAUUGAGUUUCUAGAUGAUGUGAUGAUCAAUGCAAGCAACGUGUUCAGCUCUCUUUCGUAUCCUGUUAUGCCAACUCUUUUCCUGGAGUUCCAUGGUUCUGAACAGAGCCUUGCAGAACAAGUCUACACAACUGAGGAAAUCACACAGAUGAAUGGUGGCUCUGAUUUUCAGUGGGCUAGAGAUAGAGAAACACGAAACAGGUUAUGGAAAGCUCGCCAUGACGCCUGGUAUGCUGCUCAGGCACUGAGGCCUGGUUGUAAAGCCUACUCUACAGAUGUCUGCGUUCCUCUUUCCCAACUGCCUCAAAUCAUUGUGGAGACAAAGGCUGACCUGAUCCAGAACAAACUUACAGGUCCCAUCGCGGGUCAUGUGGGUGAUGGUAACUUUCAUUGUUUGAUGGUAGUUGAUCCGAACGACCCAGAAGAACUGCACAGGGUUCAUUUGUUCACUGAGAGACUGGCAAGACGGGCCCUUGCUAUGAAUGGUACAUGCACAGGAGAGCACGGAGUGGGAUUGGGCAAACGAGGACUGCUAUAUGAAGAGAUGGGAUCCAUGACUAUGCAGGUCAUGCAGAACAUCAAGGAUGCCCUUGACCCAAAGAACUUAAUGAAUCCAGGAAAAGUUUUGCUGCCAAGAGUAUCUUGAAGUUGACAGUGACCCAAGUAACCAAAUUGUGUAGAACAUUUAUGUACCCUCCCCUCCAUAUGUGGUCGCACUGUUGGACAAAUUCUUUUAUUUUUCUGUGGACUGAAAAUAUUUGGGUUUGACAAAAGAUGAAAGGGAAUUUCAUCAUGGCAUUGAUGACUGAAUCAGUUACAAAAACUUUGUUGGGACCCACACAUUUUUAUGUGAAUAAUUGGAAUGUGUGACAAUUUUAAUGUCCAGGUGUGUCCACUGCAUUUAUUAUUCAAACAAUAAAUGGUGCUAAAUAACUAGGAUCUGCAAACACUGGCUACCGGCCAUAUAUCCAUCCAUUUUCUGAGCCGCUUAUGCUCACAAGGGUCGCGGGAGUGCAGGAGCCUAUCCCAGCUAUCAUCGGGCAGGGGGGGGGGUGCACCCUGAACUGGAUGCCAGCCAAUCUUAGGGAACAUGGAGACAGACAAGAGUCACACUCACAUUCACAUAUAGUGGCAAUUUAGAGUCUUCAAUUAAUGCAUUCUUUUAUUUAAUUAGCCCUCGAUGUAAUCUAAUUUGGAAACAGGCAGAAUUACCUUUCAAGAUCAGAUUUAAUGUAGUGCUGUCUUUUUCACUUUGACACACAAGACAUCUGAUCUUGUUGUCAUCAUUGCAGUCAACCAUUGGAAUUAGAACAAUCUUGUUUCAUCAAAUUUUUGGGACGAUUCCACUUUUGUUUUCUCAUGUUCUUUGUUUUCACUAACUGUUCCCUAUUUUUAAAGCAAUGAAAAAAAAAUUGAAAUGUGUGAUAAGCUACUGUGAAGUUUUAGAAUUGAGUUCAAACACAUUUAGCAGUUGUAAAUGUUCUACAGCACUUGAUUCAUUUUAGGAGAUGCAACAUGCCAGCAUGCUGUGUGAAUUUGUUUGAGACAUAGUAUCUUGUACUAUUGUACUGUAGCAAUUUAUUUUUAUUUGACAGUGAAUACAAUAACCUUCCUGAGUAUUUGCUAGCUAAUAGUUUGUAUUCCCUUGUUGCAAAUAAAUAAUACAUCCCCA